AUGCUGGAUAGCACAUUCCCGGAAAUGAGUGUCCAAGAAAGGAGGAGUUUGCUCCAUAAACAUAUACAAGAAACAGCAAAAGAGGUGAUAGAAAGAAGCAGCUCUGAGUGGGCUUUUCCCAUUGUGCUAGUUGAGAAAAAGGACGGUAGCUUGAGAUUGUGUGCGGAUUAUCGUGAGUUGAACAAAAGAAUCAACUACCUACUUGGACUCGUACCCUCUCCCCACAGUAGAUGCGGUAUUGCAAAGUUUGUCGGCGGAGGCACCGAAGCCAAAGGAAAUGAGAGGGGUCCCGAUAGCAUGUUGCAAAUGAUUCAUAGAGCACGGAGCCUAGGCAUACGAGUCAAGGAGGUUGGUAAAGGACUACUGAUAGAUGAGAUUUGGUCAGUAUGGGCCAAGAUGCUGUCAACCCGAGUUAGGGCGCUUCUCGACACAGGGUCCAUGACCGACAUCAUACCAAUAAAGGUAUUAGCUCAGGCGCAAACCGGUGGCUUUGACGUUGAUAGCUUGGAAUACAUGAUGCGGCAAUGA